GUAAAAUCGUGAAAAUAACUUAUCAAAACGUUUUGUGUAAAAACGAUUUACCAAAAAUACAGGUUAGGAACCAAUUGCCCACGCGCCAUUUUGGUACAGUUUUGUUCCAUUAGUGUUCGUAAUCGUGAUUUUAUGAUUUUGUCAAUUCACCAACAGCAGCACUAGUAGAUUAUUACUUCAAUAGUGAUUUACUGUACCUAAAUACGCACGCGUUUACUUAAAUAGUUUCUUUUCGGCGCAGAAAAAAUAGUAUUGUAUUUUUUUUUUUACUUUUUUAUCAUAUUGUAACAAAUAUUUGCAGUUUUACACCGGUGCACUCGUAUUAUUAUUAUUGUUUUGUCGAUACGAUAUUGUUUCACUAUUAUACUCAAAUACUCCAUGUACGUAUCCAGCGAAUUUCACGGACAUGUUUGCAACCCGUGAUAAUACAUGGUUAUAGCAUAGAAUAUCAGUUGUAGUUGUAGUAGUCAUCGAACAAUAACAUACCUGCAUUCGACUUUAUUGAUAAUCGAGUUGAAAAAAAACAAAAGACGAUAAUAAUACACACACUCUUACCACGACCAACACUGCAAGGACCAAAUUUUUAUACAAUAAAAGGCAACAGCAACAGCGCACGGUAGGAAAAUCUCGUAGUAGUUUUAGUAACGGUCACUUAUCACACUUUAAAAAAUACUGAGCAAUAUGUCUGUGCUACCACGAAGAAUACUCAAGGAGACUCAACGGCUGUUGCAGGAACCAGUGCCUGGCAUCAGUGCUGAACCAGAUGAAGGCAAUGCAAGGUAAUAAUACUUUUUAGACAAUAAUUUUUCGAUAUUAUUUAUUAGUUUAUUAAUUAAUAAAAAUACAUAUUUUAAUGUUUAUUUAGGUAUUUCCAUGUUAAAGUCACUGGUCCUGAAGAUUCGCCAUUUGAAGGUGGGUUAUUCAAAUUGGAAUUGUUUUUGCCUGAAGAUUAUCCAAUGUCUGCACCAAAAGUUCGUUUUAUCACUAAAAUUUACCAUCCAAACAUCGACAGACUCGGAAGAAUAUGUUUGGACAUACUUAAAGAUAAAUGGUCUCCAGCAUUACAGAUACGUACUGUUCUUUUAUCCAUACAAGCCUUACUGAGCGCACCAAAUCCAGAUGAUCCUUUAGCCAAUGAUGUAGCUGAACUAUGGAAAGUAAAUGAAUUUGAGGCCAUACGUAAUGCCAAGGAAUGGACUCGUAUGUACGCAUCAGAAAACUAAAUGGAACACUUUAAGUGAGGAGUAUAAAAAAAAAGUUAAAAGUUAAUAUUUAUAAUAAUUUAAAAUACUCGAAAUAAAAAUCAUUUGUAAAAUCGAGCAAUAUACAUUAUAUAUUUUUUUCCAACAGUUAUCUUUUAGCAGUUUUAGCUAAAAGAUAUUUAUUAAUAAUUAUAGACAAUGGUAAUGAAGGAAUAUUUGUUAACAAAUUUUAUUACCAAGAUGGUAUGUAAUCCAAUGAAAACUUGAAAGGGUAGGAAGUUUUACUAGCUUAUUCCACUGAAUGAAUUAUAGAACUUAAAGUCAUCAGUGAAUACUAGUAAAAAUUAUAUUUAUAAAAAUAUAAAUACAUAUACAUAUUAUUAUAUUGUAUUCUCAUUCUAAUGUUGUAAUGCUUCAAUCAGUUAUGUCUUUAUUUAAAUUUUGUCCGUAAUCUUUUACAUUAAAUGUUUUUUUUUUAUAUAUAUAUGAUUAUAUAUAUAUGAUCAUAUAUAUAUGAUUAUUAUUUAUUAUACUGCUGAGAUUUAUUAUUCAUGUAUGAAUAAAACAUUUAUUUAAGACUUACCUAUUCUUGAGAAAACUUACUUAUUUAAUUAAUAUUAAAUUUAUCCUAAACAAUGAUUUCUUCUUUGAAAAGUUUUUAAACACAAUUUUAUUCACCUUCGAUUUUUUUUUCUAAAACAAACUAAAAUGAGCAUUGAAUCUAUAAAUUGAGUAAUAUUGUUUUCUUUAGCUUUUAAUAUUGUUUAAUGUUAACACAUCUUAAACAGUCUUAUUGAUAAAGAAGAUAUCUUUCAAAAAUGUAUAAUUUUGUUAUUAGGAGGUAUAAACUAUAAGUUUGGAAUUUAAUGUGAAGAAGCAAUUUUUAUACUACUGUCGUUUUUAUUGAGUAUAUAAUGUGAUUAUGGUGAACCUACUUUAUUUAAUUUGAUGUUUGAAAAAUUUAACAAAUUGUUUACUAACAUUGUUUAAAACAUUUAUUUAACAAUAGUUAUUGAACCUGGCUAUGUUAUUUAUACAUAAUGACUGAAACUAAAAUAUAUUGGUAACUUAGUACUUAGUACCUUCAUUGCAUGGUUAAAAAUGUCUAGAUUAAAAUUAUUCCUGUUUAAAUAAAAAUCCAUCUAUAUUUAUGUCAC